AUGUAAUGUACAUGUUAUAGGCUGGUAAAGAUGAGGCAGUGAUGUCACAAUGAUGUCAGUGGUGUCAUUAGAAUUCCAUCAGCCGCCUGAAUCUUUGAGGGUUAGUGAUGGAGAGCGACAGGAUGUCAGUUUUCUAUGUGGUGAGCGUAGGAGUGUUUGUGGUGGGCAUUGCCCUGUUUAGGAAAUUUUUCAGAAAGAAAAGCCAAUUUAUGGUAUUUAAGGACCUUGAGUCGGCCUACACCGAUGAUCCGUUGGGAUAUUAUCCAGAUGAGGACUAUGAUUUUUCUAACUGUACCCUCAUGAUGGAGAGUGAGGAGUGAAGCGAAAAGAUCAGUAUAACUGCAUGUUUUGUCAUUUUAUACACCCAGAUUCACUCCCAUGGAUUACUGCUUGGAAUAUAUCAGGAUCUUGGCAUAAAGACUUGUGCUGGAUAUCCAGGAAGCCAGGGAUUUUAGGAGUUGGAUGCACAAACCUUUGCUGACUGGGGUGUAGAUUUGCUCAAAUUUCAUGAUUAUUAUGAAAAUCUGGAGCAGUUGGAAGAAGGUAAAUUAUACUCAAGUUGCAGAGUACUGUAAUUCUUGGAGAAAUUUUGAUGAUAUUCAAGACUCUUGGACAAGUGUAAAGAUGGUGUUAGAUUUCACUGCAGCUUUACAAGAUCAGUUGGUUCCUGCAGCUGAACUAGGAGCAUGGAAUGAUCCAGACAUGCUGGUCAUUGGUAACUUUGGCUUAAGUUGGGAUCAAGAAGUCACACGAAUGGCUCUUUGGUCCAUCAUGGCUGCUCCACUGCUAAUGUCUAAUGAUUUACGAGAUAUCAAUCCAAGAUCCACAGCACUUCUGCAAAACCAAGAGGUGAUUGCCAUCAACCAAGACCCCCUAGAUGCUCAGGGGUACAGAGUGUUUAAGGGAGAUAACUUUGACUUGUGGGAAAAGCCCCUUACUGGAGGAUCUCUUGCAGUUUCUGUGACAAAUCGCCAAGAAAUAGGUGGUGCUCGACAAUUCCUUCUGUCACGUGGCAUACUUUGGGAAGGAUUAGCUUGUAAAAACAAGUGUUACAUAACACAGUUGCUUCCAAGACGGUACGAAUAUGGGUACUUCAAUGAAACAUUCAGCUUGCUGCUACCUGUGAACCCCUCAGGCACUGUAUUGUUGAGGGUGGAUUAAUCUUACACUGUUUAAUAAUAAAGGAGCAGGAAAAUCUGAUCAAGGACAGCACUGCAGCUUGGAGAACAAUCGUUGGUGAAUUCAUUGGUGUUGAAGAUCGGUUAAAGGGAUUGUCUAACAAAACAGACAACCUGUGUAUGGUGUCAAUGUAUAAUAAAGCCACUUACUAAUAUAAUGUUAUUAGCCAUAGUGCAAAGAUCUUCCAUACCAGCUGUGUUGUCUGGCUUAAGGGCUCGUUCACACAGGUGGAUCCGCCGAUGAUGGACCCCUACAGUGUGUCUCAGAUGUGCCUGCUCGGAGCGGCAAUCUGCCGCUACGAGCAAACGCACUGGUGUAAUGUGUACUCGCACACAACGCGGCCACUCCCCCUGCUCCCUGAGCUAGGCCGAGAGCAGCUGCGAUCUAUGCAAGUAUACUGCGCGGCGACUCGC